GCAAAGGGUAUGGUAGAUAAAAGGCAUCUCUCUAACAGUCCUUUCCUUUUCUUCCUUCCCCCAGUGCCACUGACCUGUGCCUCCACCUCACCUCUGCGCUGCCAUGGCCACGCCAGAGACGCUGCCCAUUCUUAGUGACCCAACCUACCCCAGCCCGGAGAACACCCACGGUUUUGCUCCCCGGCCAUCCCAACCCACCUCCCAGAGCACCAUGGGGAGCGUGGGCAGCGGAGUCGCCAACGACCAAGAGUUCGCCAUGAAGAGCGUGGGGACCCGGACGCAGAGCAGCGGCCGACAGACAGAGGGGCCUCGCAACGGGUACUCCACGCGGGAGAUCUCCAACCGCUACUCGGGCGAGGAGAAGACAUACAGGUCGGAGAAGGUCUCCAAUUCCCUCUAUAUCAAUGGUGACCUGCGCAAGAGCGAGAAGGUGAAGAUGGACAUCUGUGGGAACGUGACCAACAACAAUGAGAAGAACAUGCCGCCUCCUCCCCAAUACCGAGAGCCCAGUAACCCACCAAAGAUAUUGCCAAUCUCCGGCAAACUAGACCAGAGCAAUGAGCCCUUAGUUAGACCCUCAGCCUUUAAACCAGUAGUUCCUAAAAACUUCCAUUCCAUGCAGAACCUCUGCCCGCCGCAGAGCAACGGGGUGACAGAGAACAGAAAGAGCUUGAACCAUGCCAACAGCAAUAGCCCAUCCGCACCCAAAAGUGGACUCGACAAGAGCAGCCUUAACAGGACUACAAACCAAGUGGGGGGCCUUUCGGAUUCGGGCCGUAACUCGUUAACGAGCCUGCCCACGUAUGGGACAGGCUACAGCCAGCACGUGGGUCCAAUGAGCGCCUCCACGAGCCACAUCAACCGCAUCGGUACAACCUACGUGGACAAGAACAUCGUGGGAUACAACGGGAUAUCUACCUCAGACAGCGGACGGUCUUCGAGCAAGAGCACCUCUUCGUUCAACAGACUGAACCAUCUCAACGAAACGAUGCCUUUCCACUCACCUUCAACGGACGACAUCAUCCAAGACCUGGAAGAUCGGCUGUGGGAGAAGGAGCAGGAGGUCCUCCAGAUGCGAAGGAACUUGGACAAAAGCGAGGCAGCCAUCUUCCAAGUGUUCGAGGAGAAGCAGAAGAUCUGGGAGAGGGAAAUGGAGGAUUUGAGGCAAAACUAUGCCAACAAAUUGCAACAGGUCUCCAAAAAGGCGCAGCGGGCUCAGCAGGCCUUGCAGCUCCAAAUCUUCAAGCUCCAGCAGGAGAAAAAAAAACUCCAAGAUGAUAUGGGACAACUCCUCCAGCAACGAGAGGAGCUGGAGAAGAAAUUUGUGGCUUUCAAGAAGGAACAGGCUGAGUUUCUCCCAAAGAUUGAAGAGACCAAGUGGGAGGUGUGCCAGAAGGCGGGUGAGAUCUCCCUGCUCAAGCAGCAGCUGAAGGACUCCCAAGCGGACGUCUCCCAGAAGCUGAAUGAGAUCGUGGGACUGCGGACACAGCUCAAGGAAGGUAAGAACUUCCUACGGGAGAAGGAGGAGCAGAUCCUCACCCUGAAGGACUCCUACAGCUCCAAGAGCGUCAACCUGGAGAUCUGUGAGAGCGAGCUGCAGCGGAAGAUGAGCGAGGUCCAGGUGCUGAGGGAAAAACUGAACCACUGUGAGCUGGAGGUCUCCGGCCUGAAGCGGACACUUGCCAGCAUGGGACCUCCAGGGCCUUUCAGUGGGGACCUUGGUGAGAAGCUGCAGGACCCGCUGGCCUGUGAGAGCGACGAAGCCAAGAUGCAGCGGCAGAGCGAGGACAGCGUCAACACGCUGCGGAAGGAGGUGGAGCGGCUCCAGACGGAGCUGAAGCUGGAGCGGCAGCAGCGGGAGCAGCAGGUGAUGGACUUCGAGGAGGAGCGGCGCACGUGGCAAGAAGAGAAGGAGAAAGUCAUCAAGUAUCAGAAGCAGCUGCAACUGAACUACGUGGAGAUGUACCAGAAGAACCAGCUCCUGGAGCACAAGGUGAACGAGAUGAACACGAAGGCCACCAGCCCCCCGCACACCGAGGAGAAAAAACCAUGGACUCCCUCCAGACUCGAGCGAAUAGAGUCCACCGAGAUCUGAGGUGGGACCAAGACAAUACAACAUAAUUUUUUUAAUUGCUGUGCAUGUACUACCUACUCAAGCCAGUGAUCUUCCGAAGGAUAAUACGCUACCAUAGGAGCGGUGUGAGUCUGCUCGCACCAAGCUCUCUCACCCUUACUCUAUACUUCUGUGCUCUGUAGGUAAAAUAACUGUGGAUGUGCGUUGUUUUUCUAUCGAUAAUGCGACAUCUCUUUUGGUUUUUUUCCUAGUACCGCUGGUGAGGGUCAAUUGGCUCUUUUGUAAUCUGCCGUGACUGUUACUUCACUAGAGGCUGCCACCCCCUCUCCUACAAUUCACCCCUCUUCGGUUGGUUGUUUUGGAGGGUUGCAUUUGGUUUCUUUGGUUUUCCAAGCACUUACGCGCAGCAAAACAGUUCAAAGUGGCAGGUUUUUUUUUCAGGGCAUUUUUAGCCACAUUGGCUAAUGGAGCAAAGCUCUCGGGAUCAUAAGCAAACUCACUGUUCUGCAUCAAGUAUCCUGUCUAGACAGACGGUGGUCUUAGUGAAGUCAGUGGGAGGUUGGUCACUGAUUUCAGCGAAACCAGACAUAUCUCUAGCAGAUGACUCCCUCUUGCCAGCCCAUGGCUACCAUGGUUGCAAGAGGUUAGGACAUCCUUGAGGAGCAGGAUGAGCCUGUCCUGGUAACAUAAGCCAACAAGGAAUGAUCGCCCAGCAGGAGCCUCUGGAGGCUCAGGAGAGCUUGACAUAUGCUGCGUUUUCAUUUCCUUGUGAUUUCCUUCUGCAGUUCCACUUCUCUCCUGGGUUGUGACCAACGCUGGGAGCAGAAGUACCCUCCCACCUCUGCCUUGGUCCCCCUAUUCUUAUCAUAUACUCAAGCUGGCUACAGCAAGAAAAAAACCUUGGAAAUCCAGGAUAGUUUCCCUUCCCAAGAGCCCUCUUACUUCCCAAAGUCAAUGGAAACAAGGUUUGGGGAAGCCUCCAAACCUGCGGGAUGUUUAUGCAAACUGAAGCUUUAGCAAUUUGCCCAACAGUGGGCAAUUGUGCUACCCCAUUCCCAAAUGAGUGAUGCUUCGGUGCACUCUCUCGGUCCAGGGUCUACUUAAAAAAUGGCAUCCGAGCCUCACUCAGGAGUUGCAGUGAGCACAUAUCAGCAUUACCGCUAGAUUGCAACGGGGCGAGCGUUAGCCUUCAGUACAGCCGUUUCAAACAGCACCCAUAGCGAUCCCACGUGGCAUCACAUAUUCCAAGGACAGCGAUAACGCAGGCCUAGCUUAAGAAAAUAUUCAGCUACUAACUCUGAGCAUGAAAGCAGUCAUAAGAAGAGAAAAUGCUUAAGAUCACGCAAGUGCUUAUGCCCUGGCAGAAUAAUAACCAAAUCCUGUAAGGACAGUCGCCGAGAACGGUGCAGGCAUCAAAAACCAGCAUUCAGCUUUAAAAGGUGGGCAAAGUGGGUCUGGCUCUCCCUUUCACGGACACUUUUUUACUGUGAUCCACAGCAAAGAGUAAAAACUGUUGCGAAGUGGAAUUUGCACUGACUGGGCAGUGGCCAAAGGGUCAAUGCAAGUGGGAAUUCUGGCUCUUCACCCUAGGGAGCAGCUAGAAGAACAAAGCUAGAAUUAGCACUGGGAUGUCCUGGGACAUCUAUGUGAGGUGACUCCAGGGAGAGUUUCGCCAGAUUGCAUUUCAUCUGCAUACCAAGGAAGAACCUCAGGGUGUUGAGGGGCUGAAGACCUUCCAAACAAAAGCCCUGAAGCUACUCAUUUCCCAUGUUCCCUUCCCCGAAAGCUCCUCCCUCCCCAUCACCAGGUCUGACCUUCAAGUUGGGACCAAACGUUGUUGUGGUGAGCUCCAGACUGAGCAAAGAGGCUGAGCAGGAGAGAGGAGACUUCAGCUAGUCCCACCAGCUCCAGCCAAGGUCACCAGACAGUAUUACUGGGCAGGAACUGUUGGUGGCUGACAGCCAUCCCUGCAGCCAUAGAAAAUGGAGAUGUGCGAUGAGACCAGGGCAUUUCAAGAUCCCAGUUGACGGCACCCGUCUUUUCCCACCGCUUCUGCCUGUGCCUUUGGAGCUGGAGGAAGACACAACCCAUCAGUCUGGAAAACACCAGGGCAGCUCAGGCUAAGCCCCUCUCACUAGACCAGCCAUAGAAAGGGGGACUAGGUCAGGUCUGACCCCUGAAGGGUGUAGAGAUGAGUCCCACUACGAAUCCUGCAGACGCUCCAGCGCUCUUGGACGUCAGCCUGCGCACCCCACUGAGGAAGGAGUGCAGCUGCCUGCCGGUGCCACCCUGCAGCAGGCUUUGCCAUGCCAAGGGAGACACCCACAUGUGCUGCGCAAACUUACACUUGGACAGGCAAAUCCUAGAGCUUCCUCCAUUUCAUACACUGGGCCUUCAAGAUGGAGUCAAACAUCCCACAGCGUCAGGGUUGGAGAUCUGGUGUCUUGUGUCAUCUCGGCUUUCUGUGCCUCUCUUUCCACUUCAGAUAAACCCACGCCGUCUUCCUUCACAAAGCAGCUGUGAGGCAUCUGUGCUUGUGAAGGGCUUUGCAGUCCUUGGGCAAAAGGGAAAAGCAUGGAGAAAUUGCAAGAGGCUUAGUCUCAGAUGGUCGUAUGGUGUUUUUGAGGCCACCACAUGAAAAGCAAACACAACAGCAAGUGCCCUCACCGCAAGAUGAGUCCAAUAACCUGGAGGGUCAUUUCCACCUUUGCUCCUCCUGGCUCCACUGACGUUGGUUUCCCACUAACCAUCGCAGGAAUCAGCGUUUCAGUCGGUGGUUGAAUAACACCCAGAGUGAUUGAGUUUCAAGGAUCUGCUGUUGAGGAGGUGUAGAGCACAAUUCCCCGCUGCGUUAACACCCAAGAGGAAUGGACACCGGCAUCACCCUGUGGGACACCUUCUCACCAGAACUCCUUGCUAAUCCAUGGGCAGGAGAAGCAGGGGCUUGUCUGGCCUCCCCACAUACCUGGAUCCAGUCAGCAGCAGUCAGCCAAGCCCUCCAGCAUACCAGGUUUGCUCCGUCAUCUUCUUCCUAGAUCUUUUUUGCAGUGGUGCCAGGAAUGAGUGUGUCUUGAUGGACCCAGUGAAACCUGGAGGCAUAUGGGUUUGUCUGACUGCUGGAGGGUGCUGGACUGCCCAGGGACUCAAUGGCCUCACAGUGCAUCCAUCAGGGACUGCAGAGCUCCUUGGGAUGGAGCAGGACCUUGGAGGAGGAAAGGUACACUCCCUUCACCUUCUUCUUCACUGCAUCACUUUGAUCUGGAGUUUCGAUCCAGAUCUGAGCAACCUCGACUGUGGCCAUUCCCUGGAUGACAGAGCGCCUUGCAGACACCCAUCAAGACGUUGUGCUGAUGAUGGUGGUUUUCCCUCUCUUGGGAUUCGCCCAGCAUCCCCCAAGCACUCAGCUGUCCUGCAGAAACCAACCCCCUACGCUACGGUGACAUAAAAUACAGAUGUUUUUGGCAAGUACCCCAGCCAAACUGCCAGGAAGGAUUCCUGCUCUUCAGGAAUCCUCCCCACAACUGGAUGCACUGCUUCCCCUCAUGUCCCCUCCCAUGCGCUGGCACUGUGUGGCCACAUGCUGGUAACCAGUCUCUCUCGGAGGUGACUCAGCAGAGAUGGAGCAAAAUGAUGGUGAGACACCUGGGUUCCUGUUGUUUGUGCUCAGAUCUGGCCCAGAUGGGAGCUCACCUAGCUCCUUCCAGACCUUAACACUUUUACCCGCUGUCUGGAUGAAGUCUCCCAUCACAAGCUUGGUCUGCGUUGAGGCCCCGGGGUCUUAACCUUGGAGCAAGAUAGCCAAGGGGUGCCAGACUGGCGUUUUGAUGACAUAUCCUGGGAACGGCCAAGGAGGUUGACAUCUUGUCUCUUGGAGGCUCAGGCAGGGCUGAUAAAAUGUUUCCGUCCCAUGAAACUCACCUCAGAGUUUGUGCUUGACCAUAACCCAGCUGCCUCCUCCACCUUUGCUCAGCCAGCUCUGGAGCUGAUGGGAUUCAGUGGGAUGUACUGGCUCACGUGUACUUCUCCAAGUACUGCCCUCAAAAUCUUGCACGUGGUUAGUGUCUCCACUGAAACAAGAAGUCACCUCUGACUUGCCAUUGGCCAACAGCAAAAGCUGUGGUGACAAGGGUCUCAGGUCAGUUGCUCACACGUGGGGUCCAGGGACAUUAGAGAUGCUCUGGGAUACCUGAUGCAUGGGGCUGGCCAAUAUGAUCCAAGACCUAUGGGAGAGCCAGGCCAGCGGUGGGAAGACCUGGAGCAUCUCUAGUGGCGCAUCACCCAUGUGCGGGCAACCGAGUCGUGCUCCAGGCAUGUCCAUAUGGUCAUUAUAUGAGCAAACAGAGGACACUGAUCAGCUCCAGCAAUUUCCAUCCAUGAGGAUCUGGGCUAAGCAGGCCAUCCUGGGGCAAGGGAAGGUCUAAGCAGCCCCUCUUACCACUUGCUGCAAGUGGGGUUGCUUUGUUCCACCAUCAUUUCGAGGUUGGUUGCUGUCACUGUAAGACACCGACCCGGCUGAGCUAGUUCCCCUCGCGCAGCCAGCACUCCUGUCUCACCCUGGGUGUGAAAGCCGCAACCAUCGCGCGUUGUUGUGCUUCACACAGUCCCACUUAGCUUCUGCCACUGUCUCGUGGCAGCCGGCUGCACUGUUCCUGCUGUCGCUGGCGUCAUGCCGGAGGGAGAUCACCUCCGGGUUUCCGCACUUAAAAUAGGAAUCAAAUUGUUGCUCUUAUGCUGCUACGUUAUACGGAGACAAGUGUACUUGGAUGUAAAUAACAGCCCAGCUCUGUAUAUACAAUGAUUAAAUGAAGAGACAAGAAAGCUCUGUGGCUUCUAUAUUGGUGAGCGGGAUCGACAGUAGCAGCAGAUGCUGCGUUCGAACGCCGAGCGCUACGCAAGGGUGCUCAGCACCCCCUGAGCUUUUGCUGGCUGCAGUGGAAAUGGGGGGGGGCUCAGCACCUCCCAGGAAGGCAAUCCACUUGGGAUUGGCUCCGACAGAGUAGUCUGGUGUCACUCUGUCCUGCUUUGACGCUUGCUGUCAUCCCGAGCCAGGAUUUGCAGUUGCCCCCUGGUUCAGGCUGAAGUCCCCUCUGCCCAUCCUCAUGUCGCAUCAAAGCCCCUUGCAGGCAGUGGCUUCCAGCGGUGUCCCCCUUGAGCCCUGCUUGCACAUGAGCUCUGCCCAUGGAAAGGACCAACCCACCCCACUCCUGCCCCUCGCAGUGGCACUUUAUAGCUUGCUCAAGACAGCGAGCUCACAAGCAACAUGACCAAAGAUCUCCGGAGGGCAUUGGGCUGCAUGCUGGGAGCUGCCUCCCGGCUUUCCUGGGGAGGGAUGAAGCUGGUGUGGGCUGGGAAGGGGGAACAAGAGCUGGCAGGGGACAGGAGAGGGCUUGGAUUUCCCUGUGUCCCACCUAGGAACAUUUGCAGGGCCAUGAGGGGCCUUUCCUGUGCUAGAUAGGACAGGGUAGCAAGGGGUUCCUGGGUGAGCUGAUUGUCCCCAGUUGGUUACACCAGCAUCCUCCAUGGCCAUGCCGACUAGCUCCAUGCAUUGCCCAGGGAGAGCGUGGACCAGGGGCUGUUCCCAGGAGGCAGAAUGGAUGGAUGCAACUCCCCUUUUUUCUUGGAGAGAAGAGAGGAUGCAUGCCAAGCCAUUACACUCGUCUUCAGGGCCACAGGUCUCCUCUACUUCAGCAGCAGACAUUGCUACGGGGUCCAGACAAGGGCUUGUUCCGGCUCAGUGUUUUCGGGCCAGGAAAAUGUGUAUCCUGAGAGCUGGUGGUCCUGCUGGCUGCCCCUUUGGCGUCCUCUCCCCAGGUCACCCCAGGGCGUCCUCAGCACCCUCCUUACCAGGGAACCAUCUUCCGAGGCAAAGGCACCAUGGUCUUUGCUUCUCCUGCUUGGGGUGCUGAUGACAUCUCUGCUCACCUUAGCUCCAUGAAGUCUCCUGAACCUGGUCCCAGCCUUGGCAAGUGGAGCGUAGGCCAGUGGGAGAUCUGUGCUCCUCCGCCCACAGUGCUCCUGUGGAUGGGUGCUCGGGUGGGUCUAGGCCUCGGGCACAUGCCUCUUCACUGUGCCUCUGCUCCAUGGUCGUGCUAAGCCUUCUCU